CUCACUAAACUUCCCUCUCCCUAUAAAAAAAAUAAAUCUCCCCACCAUUGUUUUAGUCUCAUUCGCUCUGAUCACUUUCUUUCUCUAUCGUUUUCAACUGCAAAACAAACAUGAGUUAUUACGGUAACCAAAACCCUCCCGUCGGUGUUCCUCCUCCUCAAGGUUAUCCACCAGAAGGUUAUGCUAAAGACGGUGCUUAUCCUCCUCCAGGAUAUCCACCACAAGGUUACCCUCAACAAGGUUAUCCUCAACAAGGUUAUCCUCCACAAGGUUAUCCACCACAAGGUUAUCCUCCACAACAAGGUUACCCUCAACAAGGAUAUCCUCCUCAACAACCUCAAAAACAAUCCGGUGGUUUCAUGGAAGGAUGUUUGGCUGCUCUCUGCUGUUGUUGUCUGUUGGAUGCUUGCUUUUAAGUCACGAUGAUGAUGAUGAAGACGGAAGGAAGAGGAAUACUUAACAGUGUUGCAAUUUGAUUUGGAUGGGAAAUACAUAUACAAUGAACCUAAUAAUUCUUCGUUCAGUUUACUCUUUUUCAUUAUCCCUUGUGACAGAAUUGAGUCUUUCAUUUUACUGAAAGCUGCUAGAGAAUUACUAUUUCUUUGUCCCUUUAUUAUUAUUAGAUAGAAAUUUUAAGAUGAACAUACUCCUCCCUUUGUGUUGUGGAGGAUGGGAUUCGGCAUUGUGAAAAGUAGGUUUGUGUGUGAAGUUUUAUAUAUGGUCUUCCAUCUUCAGUUUGUUUACGUGCUUUAAUUGUGAGAUCUUUUGCCCACGUCAAGAAA